CACACCAGUUGUACACAUUGCUGAUAUCUUUAAAGCAACACCCAGACAAUUUUUUGAGCAGUUUAUGCCUGUUGAUUUUAUAAUGUCAGUGGUAAUUCCAUCUACAAAUAAGAGUGCGCGUGAAUGUGAACGUGGGUGGAGUAAUUUAACAUGGAUGGAAUUUAUGAGAUUUAUUGGUAUUUUAACGAUUAUGACAUAUGUAAAAUGUGCUAAUAUUUGCGAUUAUUGGUUUAUUAAACAAGAAACAGCUGGAGUUUCGCUGGCAUUUAGUCAAUACAUGUCACAUCAACGAUUUCGAAAUAUCAUAAAAUAUUUGACAUUAACAGAUAUAUCAGCAAAUGAUGAUCCCUUUCAUUUUGCACGGCAGUUUCACGAUGAAUUAACGAAAAUCUUACAAAAGCUAUCCUACCUGGUCCUUACCUUUGCAUGGAUGAAUCAAUGUGCCAAUAGAUGGGCAAAGUUGAUAAAGUUUGGUAGCACAGAUACAUGCAUUACUUUAUAUAACCAUGGUCUUUAUUCUAUUUUACAAAUAAAGAAGUGUUGUUAUUGGCCUAAGAAUAUCCCUAGUGAUAUUAUAGAUGUACUUGGAGACACAUAUGGAUUAUUUGUUAGUCAAAUUUCCAAAAUAAAUAAUGUUGAUUUAACUGUAUGCUCAAUUCGUGACUGCAAAGAUAUUGUACUUCUUGCCAGUUAUUCUACGACAAUACUCAGAAUAGAAGUGAAUCGAUAUAUUAAGGAUUAUGGCAAUGCAAUAUUCUGUCGACCUGUUAUAUUUGACGAGUAUAAUGAAUUUAGAUCAGCCGUAGACAUACUUAAUAAUUUGC